AUCAUCAUAGGAUGCAAAUGGAACAACAUCAUGGCUGUGUAUACUGGAGAUGUAGUAGAAGAGAAUGACGAGAGUCGGUGUCCGUUGGAAGAGGCACGUGGUUGGAAAGGGGAGCCCUUCCACUUAGAAAUCUGAUUUUAUCUGUAAGGAUGAACUAGAAAUUGGUGCUACUGCAGCAGUAGAUUAUAAAAAUUAUUUACGGGAUGUUUGCGCAGACGAUUUGUUCUGCAAUCCAAUGAAGAUUGGUGGUUCUGGCAGAAUUGUUGAAAUAGGUGGGUCAAAUAAUGCUGCCCGAACAAUGGGUUCUGGGCGAUGUGUGUCGCGAAACUCGAGAAGUUGUUCCUUUCGUCAUACCUUUUCGGGAUUAUAACACACUUCAUCAAUCAAUUCUGCCAGGAACAACUACUUACAGUGGCCUAUGGUUGCUACAGUUUUUGCUAGUGAGCUUGGUCUGAAGGUGACAGUUGAGGACUUCAAAUGCAUCCAAGGCAAUGCUUUCAUACAGUCGGCCAUAUUUCAUGAAUACACAAUCAAAGAAGAACAGUUGACCUUCAAAAUCAACCUUAAUGUUCUGUUGGAGUGUCUGACUAUUUUUGGUAGCAGCUCAGUCACUGGUGUGAUGACCAGCCUCAAGAUGUGCUACAGUGGUUAUGGGUCACCACUGGUGCUGAUACUGGAGGAAGAUGGUGUCCUCACAGACUGCAGCAUCAAAACUAUGGAACCAGAAGAAGUAUUGGACUUCGAUUUCUGCACUGAGAAUGUUGUCAACAAAAUCAUCAUGAAGUCAGAAUGUCUUCGUGAAGCAUUCAGUGAAUUAGAUAUGACCAGUAGUGUUUUAGAGUUUCUUCUCUCACCUGAUCCACCAUACUUCAGGAUGUCUACGUUUGGAAAUGCUGGACGCACACAUUCUGAUUUUCCACGAGAUUCUGAUAUGAUUGAAUCUUUCCAGUGCCAAGCUACCCAGACUAAUAGGUAUAAAAUCUUACUUUUAAAGCCAUCAGUGAAAGCACUGGCCAUCUCUUCACGUGUUUCCAUCAGGGUUGACAGACGUGGCUUCCUUUCUCUCCAGUUUAUGAUAAAAAAUGAAGAUGGACAAGUCUGUUUUGUGGAGUUUUAUUGUGUUCCAGAUGAAGAUGAAGAACCAGAAGAUUGAAUUUUGGUAGAGAAACCAGUUCUUAAAUUGAAAUUUCAAUUCUUGAAAAGUAAUAAGAACUUCAGACCAUGAAGAUAGAACUGGAUUUUCACAGAACAGAAAAUACAAGCUUCAUCUUAUUAUGCCUACCAACUGUCUUUGGUGAAGGAUUUGAACAUAAAAAAAACCAUAAUUAUGUCAGUCCAACUCAUACCAGCAUGGAAAACCGGCAUUAAUGGAAAAUGAUGUUAGCCAUCUACCAACUUUUUCUGUUUUUCUCAUAAUUGCAGUAAGCGACUGUCCUCAUGAACAAACUUCAUUACACCCACUCACUCAUGAACAAACUUCAUUACAUGAAACAAGGGGUAAAUUUCAAAAUACUUUUCUCUCUGAGGGAAAGCAAAGUGGCAGCUAUAAAGUUUUGUAUAUUAUUUGUUUGUUUUAUAUGGAAUAUUUAAUUAAAAUAAACUGGAAAUGGUU